UUCUUCGGUUGUCGCAGUUCAAUGACGUAUGUGAUUCAAUGACCGUGAGCUGUGUGACAUGAGUGUGAAGGCACUACUCAAACCUCUAAAAUUAUGAAUUCGUCUGGUUUCGUGUGUUUUUUGAGACGUUCGUUGUUACAGCUGGAAUGCAGAAUUAUACAGGCUACAGGACUUGACAGACAGUUUGCCCCAGCUCUAGCUGUCCAUGGGCCCAGCAUCCUCCCACAUCCCCACGAUGAGCAAGAGGUGACCUCGGAGCCCAGCUUCCUGGACAAUGUGUUCUGGAUGGCAGCACCCAAAAAGAGACGCACAAUAGAAAUCAACAGGACCAGAAGACGAGACCCAAGCUUUAUGCUCAAAGUUAAGACCAACAUUGAGCCGUGCGUGGAGUGUGGCCACCUGAAGCAGAAGCAUAUUCUGUGUGGGUUCUGUUAUGAGAAGAUCAGGAAGGAGACAGCGCUGAUCCGAGGUCAGAUUAAAGCCAUGGAGGGCAGGCCUCUCAACACACCAGCGCAGGAGACCCUGGUCCUGUAUGACAGCGAGAGUCCAUGGGAGUCCGACAAAGACAAGAGGAUAGUGGAGAGAAACAGAAAACGACCCUCCUGGUUCAGUAUCUAUUGAGGUAGCAUUUAGUCACACCAGUAAUUAGGUUGCUAAUAUCCCAGUUUCUGUAUUGAAGUAAAUGCAUUGAUUAAAAAAAUCAACAGCA